ACCGCCAUUAAACACCAGAAGAAGAUGAAGCACGUUCUUUCUCACAGCAGGCGGCGCUGUGACAGUUUCACAUUCGGCACACACGCACACAUCCGCCGUGAUCAUGUCGCGAGCGGCGGGUGGGAUUCUGCCCGGUGACGGGAUCCUGAUCGCGGGGGAACUCUAUUCGGGCGUCGCGCUCACGCUCGAGAACUGCCUGCUGCCGCCCGAGCGGGUGCACCUCAGCCCGUCGCGCGCCCACGGGCUGCCCGCGCGCACAGAACAGCAGCUGCGCAGCCGGAUGUGCGAGAUGAUCCAGAGCGCGGGAAUCCUGCUGCGCCUGCCACAGGUCGCCAUGGCAACGGCCCAGAUCCUCUUCCAGCGGUUCUUCUUCUGUAAAUCGUUGGUGAAACACUGUGCAGAGACGGUGGCGAUGGCGUGUCUUCACCUCGCGUCAAAGAUCGAAGAGGAGCCGCGGCGAGUGAGGGACGUGCUGAACGUGUUCCAUCACCUCGAACACAGCACAGGACACAGGUGCGUGAGUCCGCUGCUGCUGGACGACACUUACGUCAGCCGCAAGAGUCAUGUGAUCAAAGCAGAGCGGCGCGUCCUGAAGGAGCUCGGCUUCUGUGUCCACAUCAAACAUCCUCACAAGGUGAUCGUGAUGUAUCUUCAGGUUCUGGAGGGUGAGAAGAACACCAGACUUGUUCAGAUGGCCUGGAACUACAUGAACGACAGUUUGAGGACGGAUGUUUUCUUAAGGUUCAGGGCUGAAACUGUCGCAUGUGCGUGUAUCUUCCUGUCUGCAAGAGUGUUACAGGUGAACACGCUCACGCACGCACACACACACUCAAACACACAGCCACCUGAUUCUCUCUCUUUGUGUGUUGUGAAGAUUGCUCUGCCUGAUCAACCGCCCUGGUUCCUGCUAUUUGGGGCAUCAGAAGAGGACCUGAAAGAGAUCAGCAUGUGCAUUCUGAGGCUGUACACGCUGCCGUGUGAUUCGUUGGCUGAUCUUCAGCAGCAGGUGGAGGAAACACGUUUAACGCUGGAGACUCGAUGUAACGCCGCCAAACCUGCGUCAGAAGCGCCGGUGACGGACACCCCGACACGUGACUCGUCGUUGACCAGUUUCUCUCCCACGUCUAAAGCUGCAUCUCCUGCUGAUGCUCGAACCAAUCAUGAAUCUCCGCUGUCCAAACACGUCCUCAGAAACAUGUGUGGAAAGAUCACCAACAGAGACGGGAGGAAGCGUCUGAGUCGCAGUGAUGAAAGACGAAACGUUCACUGCGUGCCAUCACCCCCCCGCCGCAGGCGCAGUCGUAGCGUAUGCUCUCCACAACCGUCUUUCUCUCCUGGACGUUCAAAGUCUCAUCGACACCGAGAGAGACAGCGAGGUCGUGAGCGAGUGCGAACGAACGGCUAUUCGCCUCACAGAACAUGAUGAAGAUGAUGAUGUCAUCAGGUGGGCGGGAGCCAAAACUGACCAGCAUGAUGGUGUUUACAAACUCACUCAUGAUUCAAAUGUCUUGAGAAAAGAAUCCUUUGUAUUUUAGAACCAAACUGUCAUGACUGCUUUAGGUCGCUCAUUAGAUAAAUCAAUAAAUAAAUCUGGUUUGAUGAAUCCGUGUAACAGGGCUGACAUUUUAAGAGUGCUGCGUUCUGACAGACAUUGAACAUCCAGUUAUUUGUUGACUUAGUUAAAGAAAACAGUUGUUAGAAUUACAGAAUACAUUUGAUCAUUAAAAUGUUCUAAUAAUACAACAGAUCAAUAGUACAAAGUAAACAUAGUCAACAACAUGUUUUUUAUACAUCUGGGGGCGGUUUCCCAGACAGGGAUUAGCCUAAACCAGGACUAGGCCUUAGAUAAAUUAGGAUAUUUAAGGCAUUUUUAAAAACAUGCUUUACAAACUAGUGUUGUCAAAAAUAUCGAUAUUUCGAUAAGUAUCGAUACUGAAGAAUCUGAAACGGUUCCAAUACCCAUGUCCCACGUAUCGAUAUCAGCUGCGCGUUCCCGCUCUCUUUCUCUUUUCCGACAGUGAGUUAACACACACUGCACGUGAACGCAUAACAACAGAGCCCCGCCUCCUCUCACAUACUUCACUCGUUUGUGGCAGUUAAAUCGUGUUUAUGUUAGAAAAGAUGGCCAGUCUCAGUAACACAUCUGGCGUGGUGCACGCUCGUUACGCUUCCCGUGUUUACCAUAGCGAUCCAUGUAUGUGCGCUGAUCAAUAAUUUUAUCCACUCGUUUCAUUCGCCCUGGUUAUAUGUUGUUUAUGUUAGUACAGAGUCUCCGCAACAGUUCUCGUGUUUAAUGCACGCGUUUCUGUCUUUAUGUGCGUCAUCAAUGAUUUCAUCCACUCGUCUCGUUCGCCCUGGUUAUAUGUUGUUUAUGUUAGUACACAGUCCGCAACAGUUCUCAUGUUUAAUGCACGCGUUUCUGUCUUUAUGUGCGUCAUCAAUGAUUUCAUCCACUCGUCUCGUUCGCUCCAGUUAAUUUGAUGUUUGAAAUAAUGCUGGUGCGGGUAAAGUCUCUGCAACAGUUCUCGCGUGUGAUACACGUUUGCACUCCAGUGUUUACCAUCGCGCUCUAUGUGUGUGCGCUGUUCAAUGAUUCAUCCACUCGUCUCGUUCGCUCCGGUUAAAAGUUGUUAAUGUUAGAAAGAUGUCCAGUGCGGAGUCUCUGCAACAGUUCUUGCGUUUAAGUUUGCGUUUCUGUCUAUAUGUGCGCUGAUCAAUGAUUACAGUAUGGGCCUAUGUGAAUAAAAGCCAAUUUAGACAAAUAAAAAUGUAGGCUAUUAACUAACAUUAACGAACAAUGAGUGAGCAAUACAUUUGUUCAAGUAUUUAUUAAUCUCUGUUAAAUGUUAGUCAAAAAAUACAACUAUUUAUGUUAGAUCCCCUGUUGAAAAAUCCAGUAUAUGCUGGGUAAGGUAUGUUUUGAUUGAUGCUGGUUUGAUCUUAAACCAGCUAAAGACCAUCUUAAUCCAGCACAUGAACAGUUUAAACCAGCACAAACCAGCAUCAAAACAUACCAAACCAGCAUAGGCUGUUUUUUCAACAGGGUCUGGUCCAUUAAUACUGACAAAUACAACUUUGAUUUUAAAUAGUAAAUGUAUUCGUAAAAUUAACAUUAGAUUAACAAUUAAUAAAUAAUGUAAAAAUAUAUACCUCAUUGUCUAGUCUUGUUCAAUUUAACUUCAAAUAAAAAUUAAAAAGGCCUAUAUUGCUAUUGCUUAUUAGGGCCUUAUUGCUAUGGCAGUUUAUUCCCCGUGGUAUCGAAAAUGGUAUCGAAUAUCGAUAUUUUUUUAGGUAUUGAAUCGAAGUUAGAAAUUCCAGUAUCGUGACAACACUAUUACAAACAAACAUUACAGUGUGCAUCUUGAGACAAAACAAUCGCACUGAUAUAUUUUAAGAUAUGCAAGUGCAAGUUGUUUUCGAUCAAGAUGCCACUCAUUUUUAAAGUAGUCUGGGAUUAGGCUAAAACCCCGUCCGGGAAACCGGCCCUUGAUGUUUUUUCUAAAUUGCUUUGGAUUAAAUGCUUUAAGGUCAUAUCAAUGUUCAUUAUUAACAUCUGCAUGUUUGCGAGGAGAUUUUUGGAAUGCUGGUAUUGGCCAAAACGUGUGUUCGCAUGAAAAAAGAAAAUUGGAGAAUGCAUUUGAAAUAAAAGAAAGUUCUAGGA